AAAACUUUUCAGAAUUUGGUUUGGCAAUCACCUAGCUAUUCUCACUUUGCUCUAACCUAAAUCGAAUGUAUGCUUCUCCUUUCACUGCCUUGUCCUCCUAGCCCGCUUCCUUCCUUGGUCCAACUUCUCACUGCACCCAGGCCAACUGCGACGGUCGUUCUUCCUCCGGCAAGCAUACUCGUCCUCCGGCCUCUUCUCCCUGCGCGCUGAACCUCGUCUCCUCCUGCGCAGUGGUUGUCCUCUUCUCUGUCGUUGUCACUGCCGCCACAUCUCCUCGCUGCACACUGUCGUCGCGGCUAACAGCCGCCGCUGCUCUCACAGCCGCCGCGGCUCUCACAUCCGUCGCGGCUCACAACCCCUGCACACCGCCCCUGCACACCUCCCCUACUACCACCGCUCCCUGCACGCCGUCCCUGCUCACAGCCACCGCCCCCUGUGUCGUCUGUCCUCUCUUCAAUAAUUAAUUAGUUGAAUUUUAAGAUUGAAUUAUGAAAGGUGCACACCCGAAAAUAGAAGAACCGGAACAUGGAUAUUGAUGACAGGCAAUAUCUGUCGAAGGAUUGAAGAAUUCCCUACAGACAGACUACAUACAAAAAAUUCUUGGUCUAGGUAUCUGUGCUGACACAAUGAUUGGUGAUGCUAUGAGGAGAGGCAUCUCAGGUGGUCAAAAGAAAAGAUUGACUACAGGUGAGAUGAUUGUUGGGCCGACUAAGGCGUUCUUUAUGGAUGAAAUUACGAAUGGCUUGGACAGUUCUACUUCAUUUCAGAUUGUUUCCUGUGUUCAACAGUUGGUCCAUGUAACAGAUGCAUCUGCAUUGAUUUUUUUGAGAGCUGUGGUUUUAGGUGUCCUAAGAGGAAGGGAAUAGCUGACUUUCUACAGGAGUUGGUCAUUUUAGCUCUGUAACAAUGACUGUAUAUAUGCGUACUCGGAUGCAUGUGGACAUUCUUCAUGCUAAUUAUUAUUUGAACGCCCUGUUCUAUGGUCUUAUCGUGCUUCUUACUGGCGGAUUUCCAGAAGUGUCUGACUAUCAUGAAACUUCCUAUUUUCUUCAAACAGAGAGACCUCUAUUUCUAUCCCGCUUGGGCCUAUGCAAUCCCCGCCACUAUCAUGAAAAUCCCAUUGUCUAUUUUGCUUGCUACUCUCUGGACAUCACUUACUAUACCAUUGGAUAUGCUCCAGAAGUUGAAAGUGCUUUUCGGAGUUACAAGAGACUAGGUGGACAAUCUAAGGGAACUAAAUUAACAUGGAUUCCAGCACAGUGUGCUCAACAACCGGGAUCACUAGAUUGUGGCUACUACGUCAUGCGUUUUAUGUACGACAUAAUAAUGAAUCAUGGUAAUAGUCAAGAUCUUACUAAGGAUUUUUCAAGAACAUUGCCUUAUUCACCGGAGGAGAUUAAUGAGGUGAAAGAUUUUUGGGCAGAUUACUUCAUGAACAAUGUCGAAUUUUUAGCUUAAUUUGUAAUAUGAACUUGAUCUCUAGCUAGCUACGUACCUUUGUUGUAAUAAUUUUAUGUUUGUUGUAACAUGUUGGUUGAUCGAUCUAUGACGAAUUUAAUUGCCUUUUAUUGGGAACGUUAAUUACGUUGUAAACUUUUGUGACAGGUAUUAUUUAUAAAUGUAUUCCCGGUAUUGGGAAUGAAGCGUCUAAUUUCAAAGACG